AAAUAAUUUUCGAAUAGAAAAUGGAGAAGAAAACAAGGACUCCAUCAAUCUUGAUGUAUUUUAUUUGAAGGAAAUUAAGCAAAACCGCGUAGGUGCUCAAAUCAUAGUCUCAGCAUAUAAAGUAAUAUCUUAACCUAUCUGCUUAAUUGUUUGAUUGAGAUGGCGGAUGAAGGGGGAAUUGAGAAGCGGCGCUACGAUGUUUUUCUGUGUUUUAGAGGGGAAGACACGCGCUACACCUUCACAGGUAAUCUCUAUGCUGCUUUGCGGCAGGCGAGAUUGAGGACCUUCUUCGAUGAUGGGUUCAAGAGUGGCGACCAAAUCUUUGACGUUGUUCUUCAAGCAAUUCAGGAAUCAAGGAUUUCAAUCGUUGUUCUCUCCGAAAACUUCGCUUCUUCCUCGUGGUGCCUUGAAGAACUUGUGAAGAUCCUUGAGUGCAGGGAAACAAAGAAGCAACUCGUUAUUCCAAUCUUUUACCGCAUGGAUCCCUCCGACGUAAGGAGACAGACUGGUUGUUAUGGGGAGAGCCUGGCUCAACAUCAAUAUGAGUUCAGAAGCGACUCCGAGAAAGUACGCAAUUGGCAGGAAGCUUUGACUCAUGUCGCCAACUUGCCCGGAUGGAGGUUCAGCCGGUACCAAUAUGAAUAUGAAUUCAUCGAAGACAUUGUGCGACAAGCCAUCGUCGCCAUUGUACCCCGCUAUAGCAUUUUUCUGAGUUUUAGUGGAAACGAUACCCGCUCCUUUACAGGUUUUCUCAACAAUGCAUUGUGCAGGAGUAGGUACCAAACCUUCAUGAAUGAUGGGGACCAAAUUUCACAAUCUACUAAUGGAGUUAUUGAAGAAUCAAGGCUUUCGAUCAUUGUAUUUUCUGAAAACUAUGCACGUUCCUCGUCCUGUCUUGAUUUUCUUUUGACCAUCCUUGAGUGUAUGAAGACGAAAAACCAACUGGUUUGCCCCAUCUUUUACAAAGUGUUACCGUCGGAUUUAAGGCAUCAAAGAAAUAGCUAUGGUGAAGCCAUGACUGAGCAUGAAAAUAUGUUGGGUAAGGACUCUGAGAUGGUGAAGAAAUGGAGGUCAGCUUUGUUUGAUGUCGCCAACUUGAAAGGAUUUUACUUGAAAACCGGGUACGAAUAUGAAUUUAUUGACAAAAUCGUGGAAAUGGCCAGUAAAAUUUAAAAUGGCUUAAAUCGAUCAGGUCCUCGCUCAAGUGUCAACUAGAAGGAAAUAUAGACUGAAGUGCCGUGGAAGGCAGAACUAAUCAAUUCAACAGAUUACAAAUGGUUCUAUGAGCAGUCAUAAGCUCACAGAUUGAUACUAGUAGUUGUAAUGUUUACAAUCGGCACUGAGGAAUUGAUUUGGAAGUCUGAAUUUUACUUCGAACAUUAGCAAUUUCUAGAAAGGUGAAUAUAUAAGUCCUGAGGGCCAUGGCCAGAGGCCUGUCAUCUUGAAAUUGUGACACACACUCUCGUUUAAGUCAUAUUUACUUUGAUUUCCCAAAUGUCAUGCAUAUCCAAACAAUUGUAUGAGCUAGAUUAAGGAAGCUUUAGCAUUAAACAGAGUGGAGCCAAAUACCCAGUUAAGAUGCUGAAUGAUGUCUCUGUUCAGAAUCAACCGACAUAGUUAUUCAUGAUGUAUAUAAUCGAAUUUC